AUGCCAAUGAUAGUGACACCCGUUGUGGAGACAACAAGGCUGGCUACCUGUGGCCAAAUGAUGUCUAAAAGACAUGGCACUCAGCGAUUAAAUCGCCUAAACAUUGGAGUCGCACAAAUGGCAACAGAAUCCAACGUCAUCAUUGCCGAUGCUGAGUGGUGUUGA